AUGUUACUGUUCCAGCCCGGAUCAGUCGAGCAUUGGAUGCCGAAGAGGAUGGACUCUGCUUGGGGGAUCCGCUGCCUUGCUCUCUGCUCCGGGACCACGAAUCUCCGGAAGGGAGGAAAGCUCCUGGGACUCCUCUGGUCUCUGUCCUUGGCCGGCCUCACUGUUCUCUCUGAGGUGAAUCUCUUCCGGACCACGACAAAUUCGAAUCUGGACGUGGGAAAGAAGGCGAGGAUGAUGCGGGGCGUGGUGACGGUGGCCCUCACCCUGCCAUCCGUGCUCUACUCUUGGUGGAACGGGAGGGAACUGUACGGCCUCUUCCGUAGGGGGCUCGCGCUCAACAGGGGGAGAGAUCGGCCUCUGUGGUACUGGUCCCAGGGGAUGCUGGUGUCGUGUGGAGUGCUUUACAUCGUCACUGCGGGGAUGCUGGUCUUUGGGAAUCCCGAGUUGUGGGACUCUAACGAUAUGAAAAAUUCUCUCUUUUUACUCUCCGUGGGGUCGGGUUCGAUCGUCGUGGCAGCGCAAAUGGUGGCUCAUCCCCUCCUCUACUCGUGGAUGUGCAGCGAGAUCGCCCUGUUUCAACAUCGCAUGACCGUGCAGGUCAGACAGGGAGCUCUGAAACCCCUGGAAUGGCUGAACUCGAGGAAAGGGAUGGAGUAUCUCGCCAGGGAUCUGAACCGGGUCUACGGGCCCCUGUGCGCCCUCCAUCUCUUGAUAGACGGAGUUCUCGCCAUCCUCUAUUUGUACCUGCUAGAGGAAACGGCGCAGCUGGCGACGUGGUCGAUGUCGUCUGCUUCCGUGGCUGUGGUCUGCCGCGCCGUCAUCGCGUUCUUCACGUUCCCUCCCUUGGCAAUUUUUCACUUCUCAGCCUCCUGGGUGUCCACUCAGGAUGAGCUUUUUUGGAGGACCAUGUCGAGUGCCGCCAUCUAUGUGGAAAAGGAAGAAACCAUUGCAUCUAUCUACGAUCCUGUUGUCUCUUGUGCCAGUCAGAUGCAAGAAUGGGAGAAGCCAGAGUAUUAUUUGGCCCUGUUCUACAAAGCAAGAAAGAUUCACUUCACCGCAUUCGGAUUCACCAGUAUGGGGAAAGAAUCUUUCAGAAAGUUGCUGGAAGCAAUCCUGACGUACUCGGUCGUCAUGCUCUUUACUGCGCUCAGUUCAGUCGAACAUAGGAUGCCGAGGAGGAUGGACUCUGCUUGGGGGAUCCGCUGCCUCGCAUUCUGCUCCGGAAUCACGGAUCUCCGGAAAGGAGGAAGGCUCCUGGGACUCCUCUGGUCUUUGGCCUUGGCCGGUCUCGUUGUCCUCUCUGAGGUGAAUCUCCUCCGGACCGCGACAAAGUCGAGUCUGGACGUGGGAAGGACGGCAAGGAUGAUGCGAGAGAUCGUGACGCUGAUCUUGACCCUGCCGUCGGUGCUCUACUCUUGGUGGAACGGGAGGGUCCUGCUCGGCCUCUUUCGAAGGGGACUAGCGCUCAACAGGGGGAGAGAUCGUCCUCUGUGGUCAUGGUCCCAGGGGAUGUUGGUUUCCUGCGGCGUCUUUUACUCCGUCGCUGCGGGGCUAAUGGUCUAUGGAAGGCCGGUGUUGUGGACCUCAAAUGAUAUGAAAAAUCCUCUCUUUUUGCUCGCUUUGGGGUCGGGUUCGAUCGCCUUGGCCGCGCAGAUCGUGGCUCAUCCCCUCCUCUACUCGUGGGUGUGCUGCGAGAUCGGCCUGUUUGAACGUCGCAUGGCUGUGCAGGUAAGGUGGAGAAGAAAGGAAGCAUGA